UUGGUCGUCGGCCAUUAACGUUGUUGAUCAGCGUUGGUCUUCUUUGUUGGCUCGGAAUUACGUCAGUUUGCAACAGAAUGACCGGAUUACCGAGGAGAAUUAUCAAAGAAACACAAAGAUUAAUGGCUGAACCAGUACCUGGUAUAAGUGCCAUUCCAGAUGAAAAUAAUGCUAGGUAUUUCCAUGUUGUUGUCACUGGACCACAAGAGUCUCCAUUUGAGGGUGGUGUUUUUAAAUUGGAAUUAUUUCUGCCAGAAGAGUAUCCGAUGUCUGCUCCUAAAGUUCGCUUUAUGACCAAAAUAUAUCAUCCUAAUAUUGAUAAACUAGGUCGAAUAUGUCUAGAUAUUUUGAAAGAUAAAUGGAGUCCCGCACUUCAAAUCCGAACAGUAUUGCUCUCUAUUCAGGCACUACUGAGUGCUCCCAAUCCAGACGAUCCAUUAGCAAACGAUGUAGCAGAACAGUGGAAAAUAAAUGAAGCCGAAGCUAUUAGAACCGCUCGAGAAUGGACACGCUUAUAUGCAAUGAAUCCUUGAAGAUUUUUAGGUUAAGAACACUCUUUGGGAGGUCAUGGGGUCAUGGUUCAUUUGCUGGCCAUAGACACUCAGGCAGCAUCAAUUAAUGAUGUAAAUUGUCCUGGUCACCUGACUGCUAGCUUUAGGUUUUGUGGACCCCUUGUUUCUGAAAUCUACUGCUUUAUUCCCACCAUGUUCUGUAAAUAAAAUGUUUGUACGGAAAAUUGUUUUCAGUAAACUUGUAAGAUUUAUUCAUCUGACCUAGGAUAAAAUUUGAUCAAAUAAAAAAAAAAAAAAAAAACAAUUUUCAUCACACACCUAAAUUAUAAUUCAUAGUUUUUCUCAAAUUAAAUUUUCUUGUAAAAAGACAAAAAAAUUUUUUACCCGGUCCCUCGAUAAGGUGUACAUUGCAAGUAACUUAACCUAUUAAACAAGCCUUUUUUUUUUGUU